AAAAAAAUAAAAAAAAAUAAAAAAAUUAUAGGUAAUUUAGCCGAAAUGAUGUCGGACUGGGAAAGAGCCAUGAAUUCCUAUGAGGCGGCCCUAAGACACAACCCUUAUUCGGUUAGCGCAUUAUCACAUAUAGCAUCAUUAUGUAGGGGACGAGAACAAUUCGCUAAAGCCAUCGACUACUUCAAACGCAUCUUGGCUCUACAAGAAAACAAUGGUGAAACAUGGAGUUCCUUAGGUCAUUGUUAUCUCAUGAUGGAUAACCUACAAGAAGCCUAUCAAGCCUAUCAACAAGCUCUUUACCAUUUACCAAGCCCCAAGGACCCUAAACUAUGGUAUGGUAUCGGUAUUCUUUAUGAUCGUUAUGGUUCUAUCGAACACGCUGAAGAAGCAUUUUCUGCUGUCAUGAAGAUGGAUCCUCAAUUUGAAAAAUCAAAUGAAAUAUACUUUCGUUUAGGCAUCAUCUACAAGCAGCAACAGAAAUAUGACCUCUCUCUCCAGUGCUUUCGUUAUAUACUGCAUAACCCACCGAGACCACUGACAGAAAUCGAUAUCUGGUUCCAGACCGGUCACGUCUAUGAACAACAAAAAGAAUACGAAUUGGCUAAAGAAGCCUAUGAACGUGUCUUAUCCGAGAACCCAGAUCAUGCUAAAGUGCUUCAGCAAUUAGGUUGGCUCUAUCACCAACAAAAUACUUCCUUUUCCAACCAAGGUACCGCUAUCCAAUACCUCACCCGAUCCUUAAAAGCAGACAGUACGGAUGCACAAUCAUGGUAUUUACUCGGUCGAUGUUACAUGGUCGAACAAAACUACAAUAAAGCUUAUGAGGCCUAUCAACAGGCUGUCUACCGUGAUGCUCGUAAUCCCACAUUUUGGUGCUCCAUUGGUGUUCUCUAUUAUCAAAUCAAUCAGUACAGAGAUGCCUUGGAUGCUUAUAGUCGUGCUAUUCGAUUAAACCCUUAUAUCAGUGAAGUAUGGUAUGAUUUAGGUACCCUUUAUGAAUCUUGCAAUAAUCAAAUCCAGGAUGCAUUGGAUGCCUAUCAACGCGCUAGUGAAUUAGAUCCAUCCAACCCUCACAUUAGACAACGUUUAGAACUCCUAAGAAAAUCAAAUCCGUCCAAUGCACCCGUCACAACUCCCGUACCUCAAGAUGUUAAUAAUCCAUAUCAAUACAAUAACACAAGUGCAAAUGGGACUUCACCUGCUCCUCCACCACCUUUAUCUCAUCAAUAUCAACCUCCUCUUUUGGCAAACAAUGGUCAAAGAAGAACAGAUCUUCCUCCUCCUCCUUCUCAACCCUCUAACGCAUUAAAUGAUUUACGCUCCCCUGUACCCUUUCCUUCUUCUUCUUCUUCUUCUUCUACAGCAGCAGCAGAAGUACGUAUACCAGAUAUUGGAGGUGGUGGUAGAGCCCCUACGCCUUCUGAACGUAUCUUGAUGAACCCUAUGCUUGUCGAAUCACGAUCACCCAUCUAUCGUCAUGCUAGCACAACACCAAAGAUGUCUUCCGUUGUUCGAUCUCCCAUUCCCAGUAAAAAAUCCUCUCCUCGCCUUUACUACGCCUCUCCUGCCAAUAAUGGGACAAACAGUCGACCUCCCAAUGAAUCCUUUCCUUCUUUUCAUUCGACCGGAUCAGAACCUUUACGAAGAACCUCGGUAUUGUACGAUAAUGAAAAGAGUUCUCCCGUGGCUGUGAAACGAGAAUACCCAACCGUCAAUCAUAGUGCACCUCAUCAACGUCAUAAUUCAACCAGUAGUCAGCAUAGUACCGUGAUGCGACAACAACAACAGCAACAACAACAACAGCAACAGCAACAACAACAUUCCAUACAGCAGCAGUCUAUACAGCAGCAACCCAUGCAACAGCAACACAUACAGCAGCAGCAGAAAAAGGAAAGUCCGGUGGAAAGUAGUGCGGCGGAUACGUUAAUGAGCAUGUCACAAAAAGGAUAUGUGAGUAAAAAACGAGUUUUGGAGAUGGCGGAUGAUGAAGAAGAGGAAGAAGAUAAACGACCUAGAUUAGAGACGAGGAUGGUGGUGGAUUAUCAUUCACCCUCUUCACCCAACAACAAUAAAGAAUCCAUCCCAGUGUCUUCUUAAAAAAUAAAUAAAAACAUGUAUGAAAAAAAAA